UCUGACGUUUCAACUUUCAAGAAUUGUCAAACAUAACCACACGCGUAUAAAUAAAAGUGAAGUAUUGAUUUAUUUAUUUACAAAGGCGAUAGUACACUCGACAGUGCUUGUAUAAAUCAUAUACUUAAAUUCAGUAUCAAGAUGCAACGUUAAAAUACAGCAAAUGCAAGUGCAGAAUCGUCUCAAAGUGGUUAGGCAGAAAGAUUAUGAAGGUGACAUCGGAUCGAACUUAGGAUUGUCUAAUAAAAUGAUGGAGACCAGAUACUACGAAGGAUGCGGAAGAGAGGGGCCCAUACGGUGCAUAUUCCUGGGAGAGUUUCAUCCUGUGGCCGGGCCGAAGAUUUCAUGUCAGUUCCCUGAAGAUUAUAUAUCAAAAGAAGUGUUUGAUUCUAUCAGCGCGUUCAUCAUUCCAAAACCCCAGAUACAAAAAUGUACAAUGACUAUAAACGCACUGGGUCACAAAGUGGUGGGCUACCCGAUCCGGAUCGAUAACUCGCGGUACGAGCGCAAUGUUUACCUCUUCAACCUGUGUUUUGUCUGCGAUAGCUGGUCCAAAACUGUGCAAUACGAACCGGUUGUGAAAAAACUUGGAGAGCACCUGACGAUUAUGGAAGAGGAGACGCGGUUCGUGUCCAGCGGUUCAAGCAAGCUGCCCACUUUACUCGCGCAUCUGUUGCACGAUCUGAACACUCACAGGAAGGCCACAUUAGUCGAGGGCGACACUGUGAUGCACCUCAAAGUGCUGGAGAUUCGCAACGACCCGUCGCCGGUGCACGACCACGACGUGCCGGUGCUGGUGACGUCAGUGGGUCUGCCGCGACCCGGCCGCCCGCGCAGGACCACGCCGCCAGAGGGCGCUGAGAUACAAAGCGAUGAGCAUCUUGACCUGGAGGAUGAUGAGCCGUUCGAGAUCGACAUGGAGGCGGACUGGGAUCUUACAACUAGACAGCUCCUCCCAUACAUAAACGGAUACAACCACGUAUCAAAAAUAGCCGCCGACACGAACGUGGAGAAGACCCUGGUCAAGUCGUGCAUCCAGAACCUGCUGUACUACGGCGCGGUGACGCUGAUCCCGGUGCUCAAGUUCAGCAACAUGUACCGCGCCACGCCCAACCUGAGCCGUCUGUUCGGCGACACCGAGCUGCAGAAGUCGUGCCUCGCUUACAUCACUAAUGGAUCAGAUUCUAAAGACAAGCCCUGUCUAUCGGACGUGCUGGGUAUCCUGUGCUCCCUGCAGCAGGGUACGACGCUUCGUACUGUCAGCGAGAGAUACGUGACUGCGCAGGGCCCUCCCUUCGACAUCAGGCGGCUGGUGGUCUUCGCGCAGCUUCACGGGCUCAUCAGAUGUCUUAAAAAAUACCCAGUGUACGCGAAACAUCCUCCCAGGUCGAACGGGUUCAGCAGCCGCGCGGACCCCGUGCUGGGCAUCCGGCGACUCUUCACCGGCCACCACUGCACCGACGAGAUCUGCUGCAUGGCGCGCGUCGACCUCCCCACCCUCGACCAGAUCAUAGAGGACGACCCCAACGUUGUCAUCAUAUGGCGGUAAAGUGGUCCUUCGAGCCAGAUUUUGUUAUAUUGUUUGUGUAUAGAAAUGACUUUUAGUUUUGACGGCUGGAUUUUUUACGUCAUGAUUGUUUCUUUAAUAUUCGUACAGUUUGAUUCAAACUUAAUGGUGACUCGUGAACAAUGUACGUAUGAUGCGCUGAACCCAAUAGCGCACGUUCGUGUUUUGUUAUUAUGCGUUUGCGUUUUGCUAAAUAUGGUCAUUAUAAAUUUGGAUGACACAACAAAUUUAACGGCAUUUAUUUGAUAAUAUCGAUUUACUUUAACUCAUCUAAAAUAGAAAACCCGUGAUAUCUUCCAAAAAAAAUUCAAAAUUCAUCAACGAAAUACAUAGUAUUACAACAUUUUAUAAACUGUUUCAAAUAUAAAAAAUAAUUAAACUUUUAUAUUGAAUAUGAAUACUUAAUGUACCUAUUAUCGACUUGAUUUUACCUGCGCCUAAACCUAAGUGAAGUGGCCAUUAAGUUUGAGGCAUACAAAAUUUUAUUUCUAAAUGAUUUUUAAUUUAUGAACACACACGAUUUCAUUACAUUUUUCUACAAUAGGGAGACACAGAUGGAAAACAUUUUUUAUUCUCUCGUUUCAAUAUAAUGUGAAACGAACAGUUAUAAAUAUGUUGCGAUUUUGAGUCCCAAAUUUUAAUAUUACAAUAAAUAACUCAAUAGAAUUAAGGUGUCUAUUAAAUUAACUGUGUAAAAUAAAAUAAUUAUUAACUAAUAGAAACUCACAAAAUAUUUCAGCUUAGGUUUGAAAUGACUCAGUGGGAAUGUGCUGCGAUACUAUUGGUUGAUACUUAUGUCGUUUCAGACCAGUUUUGGUCGAUAGAUAUCCUUUAUUCUAUCAAUAAAAAUAGUUAGUAUUAAUACAUACAUUAAAUAGUAAAUUAUUCAUUAGUAAACAUAACGCUCUCAUUUUAUAUAGUUUGAUUCGUGAUUACUGAUCCAGACUGAGUGAGCUACACACCGUCAAUCAAUAUUGUCCGUUGGAACUGCGAGUUUGCUGUUCAGCUUGGACUGAUGGUGUGUGGCGUGUGGAAUUUAAGGCUGGCAACACGCGUACGUUUUAUUUAUCUCUGCUAGAGAGUUUGUGAAACAAAUUCCUUAUUUUAGUCACGAGUCGGGAACAUGACGCGUUACUUAUAAUAUUAAUGUUAAUUGUUAGUUAUUAUUAAUAUUUCUCAAAUGUAAUUAAUCUAAUUUUGUAUUAUUGUACAAUUCAAUAUAUUGAAUUGCCUAUAAAAAUAAUAUUUUUAACAUAGUUAAAGUAUACUUUAAAAUAAUAUGGACGUUAGCAUUCGUGUUCGUAAGACGGUUUCCCCAACGAUACGGCGCGCUGGCCGCAUCUUAAAAAGCUAUCUAUUUGAAAUUUAUAAUAAUACAUAUAAAAAGGAAAAUUAACAUCGUACAUAAUCAUAGUUGUUCUUUAUUUUGGUUGUUUAUUUUUUUUUAUUAUAUUUUUAUAUUCAUUUCAUAAUGAAAAUGACACUUUAAUUGUUAAUUCUAUGUAGCUCCUACAAAAGUACUCAACCAAUACUAUUAGAUAGACAUUUUAAUAAGGAUAAUUUUAGUGAAAUUUCAAAAAGAUCUAUAAUUGUUUUUUUAAUGCAUUUUUAAAUCAUUGAAUAUUCCCGUACGUAACUCGUGCGCCGAUUCUAUAAAAGGAAUGCUCAAGGCCGUUUGGUGGGGGGGAGGGUCUUAACUUAUGUAAAUUUUAACACGCGAGUUUCAACCGAACACCGCUUAUGAUAAAGUUGUAAAUAUGUUAGAUUAAACGCUUAAUUAAUUAUCAAGAGAGCGGCACCCGCCUGUAACAUCUAGCUUUAGAUUAAAAGAACACUUAAUUAUACAUCUUAGAUUAAAUGCUUCUUAAUAUCUGGUUAAAUGGCCAUAAUUAAAUGUGAUUAUCCAAUCAAAAAUCUACUCUUUCCUAAUAGCCGGCUUGUAACCUUAAGUACUGUAGGCAUUUAUCGUCUUUAUAAUCAUUUUUAAUUUGUGUUAUAGCCUUGAUCACAUUAUGUACUGAAGGAUAAGUCUCAACUGACUUUUUAUUUAGUUUCAAUUGUGACCAUAAUUUAAAUGCUUUUGUAGGCUAUUCCCCCCAAGCUUGCUUGAUUGUGGAUUAGACUACGGUCCCAUGGGCUACCCACCUGCUAGAUCUAGAUUGGUGUGUAGUCACUGCUGUUUCUAUUAACAGAGCUGGUUUUUUUAGCCCAGAGGUUUCCAAAAGUUUUUUUCCCAUAGACCACCUUUAAUAAAAUAUGGUUGAAAUUUUAAAUUCUUACCAUAUUCCCAAGAAUAUGCAAAUUUUUACAUGUAACAGCAAAUAUUAUCAAAAUCAGAUACAUUUUCGUGGAUCUCCGCUUACGAAUUGCGAAUCCACAUUUUUCGGUCACACCAACGAAGACCCGCGUUGAGUAUCUCGUGGACCGGUAAGGGUUUGGACCUUUGGGAAUCAAUGCUUUAGCCUCUCAGUUCCUUACACAGAUUGUUAUUAAUGGCAGUUAGGCAUUUAGUACUUCAAAUUUCUGUUAAUUUUGUAUUGCCCUGGCUUGAACACAUCGGGGUCGUGUCAUAGUCGCGGGCAGGUAAAGUCACUCCAUACAAACCAAUAUAUAAUGUGCGUAUAAUCAAACACAGAUUAAAAAUGUUUAUAAACUAUUACUCCACAACUAGUAUUUAGAUUUAUAAAGCACUACCAAUUAUAAUGUAUAUUUAAAAAUCCAUGUCUAACCAUUCAUGUAGAAAGUUUGCGGGCCGAAGGCUAGUCCCUGUCUAGGUUCCAUUGUACCAACGUUUAUCACUAAAUAUUUAGCUUAAAAUUAUUUAUUCCACUCGAUAUAAGGCAUAAUAUUCAAAUUUAAUCAAUUUACUUAAUAUUUUGUAUAUUUAGAAAAACAUUUUCAAUAAAAUUUUAAUUAAUCAACUUUGUGGCGAAAUUAGGUUAUUUAAAAUAUUAUCACAAAAAGUCGCUCUCCUGCAAAGAUUAGUCGCGAGGUCGCAAAUAUCAGUAUUUUAAAAUCGCUGCGACUUUUUCCACUACGUUCAGAAACUACGUUGAUAAUAAAUAAUAGUGCACAAUAGUUAGUUAAAAGUAUUUUUCAAACAAUGUAGUAUUAUGGUUAUUUUUUAAAGAGGCAUAGGGACAAGGCGACAUACAUAGUUAUUAUGAGUGAAUUUUUUUUUGGAAAAAAAUGUGAUAUCAACAAUUUAAACUUAAACGAGUGAUAGACUUGAGUAAAAACGCGUCCUCAUGGUUCGACGACCGUUUUUGCGUUUCUAUUGCCUUAUGUACGCAUUUUUAGACCCGCGAGUCGUCUAUCAACAUAAAGCACUUAAUUUUUGUAACAUGUUGAUAUAUAUCAUUCUUAAAUAACUUAGUUCUACUGGUGGGAGGUCCCGUAUGCGAGGGGCCGUCUGGGUUGGUACCACCGCAAUGUCUAUUUCUAUCGCCAUGCAGCAGUGUGCCUAUACUGUUGUGUUCCGGCUUGAAGGACAUUGUAGCCAGAAUAAUUACUGGGCAUAAUGAGAUUCAACAUCAUAUGUCUCAGAGAGUAUGUAUAAUAUUUUUACCGAUAUAGCUAGACAGGUUUAAUAUAUUAAAUGUUAUACCUACUUAUAUAUAAACACUGAAUAUAUAGUUACCAAUCGUUAAUUGCGCAUCAAGUCACAGAUAACUGCGCGUCAUGUCGUCCUGUGUUUAGUUGAGUCUCGUGCCUCUACAUGUACUUAUAUGUCCCAAAUAGUCAUAUUCGCUUUCCGUGACCAGUGUAAAUAAGUGAUAAUUAUUUAUAUAGUCUAGUUAACGUUAAAGUAUUUAAGUAUUUGUAAUAGGACUAAGUGAUAUUGUCGCAAAUUUCAUGGUGCCACUUGUUUUUACAUAUUUGCGAUUUUAUUGUCGCGCGGUCAUAGGCCCCCUUACAUUUAAUUACAUUAUCAAUUAUUAUAGUGUUUUUUAUCGGAUUGCGUUUUUUUUUUUUGGGAAUUGCCAUUGCGUACUUCUGCGGACCAUUUCAAUUUCAAAAUCUUCUAUAAUUUCUAUUGUUUUCAUAUAUACUUUUCAUUUCUUUUCUAUGCAUAUUUUUUUCGUUUUCAUAUUAUCUUUGUGUCUAUUAUUUCACUUCUGCGGUUUUGAAAUAAUGGUUCAGUAUUGGAGUAUUGCAAUUCUCUUUACCCUCAUUAGACAAGUCAAUUAUUGCUAGCAAUAGUCGUAUGCAACUAUUGGAAACCAUCUAAACCUCCACAGUGGUAAGACACACAGACACUUCUCGCUCGACGUAUACGAAUCUUUUGACAGAUGUUCAAAAUACGAUUGUCGCUAGCAAUAAUUGCUCCGUUUAAAUGAGGCUUUAGUUUAGUGCAUAAUGAUAAUUAUCACAAUCUUAGGUUAUUAUCCCGACUUAACCUUAGUAAGUUUCUCGUGGUUUUCUAUUUUGUUAAUCUUGCAACGUACAGUGAUUUUAGCUUAGUAUAGAUUAUUAUUCGUAUUUAAUUUUUAUCAUUCAAUUUAGUAUAAUCUGAGUUUAAGUAUAUGAUGUAUUUAUACCAUCCAUUUUAAAUAUAUUAAUUUAAUUUUUGUCUUGUUUCAAGUGGUAAACAUGGUAUGGUAAAUUGCGACAAUAUCACCAUGUUUCACUGUAUAUAACCAUAUGUGGUACACACGGCAUUCAAGUGCUUUUUUAAUUGUGCAUAAUUAGGGCAAUAACUUGUCUUAUAAUUAUAAGUGACCUCACACCCCGCACUGCCCCAAGGCAUUUACAAUGCAGUGAAACACACAAUAAAUGUUACAUUUAUCGGAUAUUGAUACAUAACUCAAUAAUAAUUUUCUUCGUUGUAUUUUUUAUUAAAAGACGCAGGGUUUAUAUAAAGGAAAUAAUUUUUGGAUAUUUGGUUGAUUUUAAUAUAAUAUUGACCCGUAAAUUUAUGUUUCUUGAGUCGUAUCCCUUAUUAUCGAGCGAGUGUUGCUCGGCUCGUCUUUCAAUUAAAUAAAAUAAAAUGAUUUUAUCAUUGUUUGAGCAGUCAAAUUAUAAUUACAUGUAUAUUUAUAUAGUACUUGACAAUCCAACAUCAUUCAUUUUUUAAAAUCAAGCUAUAAUAGCCAAUUAUAGGAUUGCACAACAUAUUUAUAUAGGUACCAUAUAUUGCGUAAAAAUAAUAUCAUGUUACGAAAUCAAGUGCUGAGUACGUAUGGAUGUGUAAUCUCGUGUGUUACGGUAAAUUUGCUAUAUCUGAUUAUUUAUCCAUACCAUUCCAAUUUUAUCCGACAUGUAGAUAUAUCCGAAGAGAUCAUGUAACGUUUAUUUUGUGUCACUGCACGCUUAUUCGUCUCCUCAUAAUUUAAGAUAGUAUAUGAACGUUGAACAGUGACUAUAUAUUUAUUAUAAACUGAGAGCAGUGUGUUAACCGUUGCCAGUAUACUCGUUUGGUAUUUGUAGUUAAGGAUUCUCAGAAUAUAUGUACUGAGAAUAUGUUUCAUAGAAGUUAGUUUGUUAGUUCUAGAGCAACCAGCUCCUUGAAGUUAGAGUACUUGCUACUUUUAACAUGUGUAUCCCAGGCGUGUAUAUACGCUUAUAUUUAACGGUACUAGGUUAGCGUUAAUUAUUACGAAAGUGUUCCUCUAUAUUAAUAGAAUAAUCAAUAUUAUAAUCCGCUUUAACUAACUGAUUGUAGCUUGAUUUAAAUAUAAGAAAUCAUUUAUAUUAUAAAGCUCGCUUUUCAAGGAUUUUGAACGUGCAUAAAGUCGUCAGCAUAUUUUUUUGUUUUGCGACAUAUUUGCCGAUAUAUUGGCUGUUGAGAGCGGUCUCAAGUCGUUCAGAGUACAAUAAAAUAUUUAAAAUAGAUACUUAGUUACUUAAUAAAAAGCGUAGACAGUUGAUAGUCAAGGUUUUAACAAAACUCCGUCGUCGUUGGUCCUUCGAACCGUUUUUGCAAGCUCAUAUAUUUUAUCCGUUGUUCAAGAAUUAAAUUUCAGCUAAUGGCUGUGGCGUAUUCUACAGAAUUAACAGAUUAAUUAUAUCCUUCAUACAAGAAUCAAACUUUAGCUAAUGCCUAUGGUAUAUUCUACAAAACUAACACAGAUUUAUUAUAUCCGUCAUACAAGAAAUAAAUUUCAACUAAGGCCUCUGGCAUAUUCUACAGAAUUAACACAGAUUAAUUAUAUCCAUCAUACAAGAAUUAAAUUUCAAUUCACGGCUGUGGCAUAUUCUACAGAAUUAACACAGAUUAAUUAUAUCCGUCAUACAAGAAUUAAAUUUCAAUUCGCGGCUGUGGCAUAUUCUACAAAAUUAACGCAGAUUUAUUAUAUCCGUCAUACAAGAAUUAAAUUUAAAUUAACAGCUGUGGCAUAUACUACAGAAUUAACACAGAUUAAUUAUAUCCGUCAUACAAGAAUUAAAUUUCAGAUAAUGCCUGUGGCAUAUUCUACAAAAUUAACGCAGAUUUAUUAUAUCCGUCAUACAAGAAUUAAAUUUAAAUUAACAGCUGUGGCAUAUUCUACAGAAUUAACACAGAUUAAUUAUAUCCGUCAUACAAGAAUUAAAUUUCAGAUAAUGCCUGUGGCAUAUUCUACAGAAUUAACACAGAUUAAUUAUAUCAAUCAUACAAGAAUUAAAUUUCAAUUAACGGCUGUGGCAUAUUCUACAAAAUUAACACAGAUUUAUUAUAUCCGUCAUACAAGAAUUAAAUUUCAAUUAACGGCUGUGGCAUAUUUUACAGAAUUGCCACACGUUUAUUAUAUCCAUCAUACAAGAAUUAAACUUCAGCUAAUGCCUGUGGCAUAUUCUACAGAAUUAGCACAGAUUAAUUAUAUCCGUCAUACAGGAAUUAAAUAUCAAUUAACGGCUGUGGCAUAUUCUACAGAAUUAACACAAAUUAUUUUAUCCGUCAUAUAAGAAUUAAAUUUUAGCUAAUGGGUGUGGUAGAUUUUACAGAAUUGCCACACGUUUAUUAUAUCCGUUAGACAAGAAUUAAACUUCAAUUAAUGGAUGUGGCAUAUUCUUCAAAAUUUUCUCCGUCAUACAAGAAUUAAAUUUCAGCUAAUGGAUGUGGUAGAUUCUACAGAAUUAACAUAGAUGAAUUGUAUACGUCAUACAAGAAUUAAAUUUCAAUUAAUAGCUGUAGUAGAAUCUACAGAAUUAACACAGAUUUAUUUUAUUCGUCACUAGAUGACCCGGUUAACUUCGUAUCACCUACAUAUAUUUGUUAAUAAUUAUUAAUUUUCACUGUGGAACGUGAUUAAAACAUAGCAAUACGAUUAUCAUUAUCCGUUUCUCGCUGGUCGAUAGUGCGGUUUGCACGUGAGGUAGUUCGUCGCCUAUUUGAUUGACUUCGACGACCUACAUGAGGUCGUCUUCUCUGUGGCAUUUUCAAAAAAAUAAUAAUAAUUAAAGUUCUCGUGCACCUACAAACUGAUCAUAGAUUUUAAUUAGUCUUGAAAUUUCUUUAUUUAUUUUCUUUUCGACAACCAACUGACACUUUUUAACUUUUCUUAUUUCUGAAAUGUUUUGCAUUUCAACAAAAUAAACCAAAGAGAUCGGACCCUAUACUACAUCUAUAGCUAAUGGCUGUGGUAGGUUUUACAGAAUUGCCACACAUUUAUUAUAUCCGUCAUACAAGAAUUAAAUUUCAGCUAAUGACUGUGUAGGUUUUACAGAAUUGCCACACGUUAAAUAUAUCCGUCAUACAAGAAUUAAAUUUCAGCUAAUGGCUGUGUAGGUUUUACAGAAUUGCCACACAUUUAUUAUAUCCGUCAUACAAGAAUUAAAUUUCAGCUAAUGGCUGUGUAGGUUUUACAGAAUUGCCACACAUUUAUUAUAUCCGUCAUACAAGAAUUAAAUUUCAGCUAAUGGCUGUGGUAGGUUUUACAGAAUUGCCACACAUUAAAUAUAUCCGUCAUACUAGAAUUACAUUUCUGCUAAUGGCUGUGUAGGUUUUACAGAAUUGUCACACGUUAAAUAUAUCCGUCAUAUGACAAAUAAAUUUCUACUAAUGGCUGUGUAGGUUUUACAGAAUUGCCACACAUUUAUUAUAUCCGUCAUACAAGAAUUAAAUUUCUGCUAAUGGCUGUGUAGGUUUUACAGAAUUGCCACACAUUUAUUAUAUCCGUCAUACAAGAAUAACAUUUCUGCUAAUGGCUGUGGUAGGUUUUACAGAAUUGCCACGCAUUAAAUAUAUCCAUCAUACAAGAAUUAAAUUUCAGCUAAUGGCUGUGUAGGUUUUACAGAAUUGCCACACGUUAAAUAUAUCCGUCAUACAAGAAUAACAUUUCUGCUAAUGGCUGUGGUAGGUUUUACAGAAUUGCCACGCAUUAAAUAUAUCCGUCAUACAAGAAUUAAAUUUCAGCUAAUGGCUGUGUAGGUUUUACAGAAUUGCCACACGUUAAAUAUAUCCGUCAUACUAGAAUUAAGUAUCAGCUAAUAGCUGUGGUAGGUUUUACAGAAUUGCCACGCUUUUACAGAAUUGCCACGCAUUAAAUAUAUCCGUCAUACAAGAAUUAAAUUUCAGCUAAUGGCUGUGGUAGGUUUUACAGAAUUGCCACACGUUUAUUAUAUCCGUCAUAAAUCCGUCAUACAAGGAUUAAAUUUCAGCUAAUGGCUGUGGUAGGUUUUACAGAAUUGCCACACGUUUAUUAUAUCCGUCAUAAAUCCGUCAUACAAGGAUUAAAUUUCAGCUAAUGGCUGUGGUAGGUUUUACAGAAUUGCCACACGUUUAUUAUAUCCGUCAUACAAGAAUAACAUUUCAGCUAAUGGCUGUGGUAGAUUUUUCAGAACUGCCAUUGACUUUGUCGUACAAGUUUCGUUAUAGUAGGGGUUGUUACGAUAUCGCGAAACUAGCACUGUUAAAAACCGCUUAACUGACUAAAAUAGUCAAAUUGAGAUCUAUACAUAAAAUACUAAGUAAUUAACGAUACAUUCAGUUUUAAGUCUCCCCCGAAAAUAUCUACUUGCGCGAUAAUGUAUAUUCUAAUCCCGACUAUAUGAAUUUCUCGCAAAGCGGUUCGUCGGACAUAUAGAUGCUUUUAGUCAAAUAUCAUAUUAUAGGGUACUUAAAUAUUCAAAUGCCAUGCGAAGAUUCUUGAUACAUUUUCUAAACAAAUUGUAGGAACAUAACAUCAGAAAAGUGCAUGUACCCAGAACUACAAUUACACCAGUAAAUAUAUCAGUGACUUGUAACUGUGUACGUUCACUGUAUCGGUUAGUAGAUUAUUGCCAUUAGUACUUAUUGGUUACAUUAUUAAAAUAUAAGCUAUAGUAAAUCGAAUAAAGUAUAUUUUCCGUAGUAUAUCGGCAUGAGUGAAAAUCCGG